UGCAGGUGUCGUGUGAGGGAUGCAGCACAGGAAGAGAACAUUUCUUUGAUGCAGCAUCUGAACUUGGCUCAGCAGGAGUGAGUGAAGAAUUCAGAGUCUCGGGUAUCCAAUUUGAGUGUCUCCUGGCCAUGCAACAGAACCAGCAUUAUAUGUAUCCCCAGGUCUUCUGGACAAACAGCAGUGCAGUUUCUGGCUCUGACUUUCCCUCGCCAGGGUUGUGUCCCAUUGGAAUUGUGCCCCAUCAGGAUGCCCGCCCCCCUCUGCCUGUGCCAAAGAGGAAAAAGCAUAGGCAGAACAAGAGGGAUGGCACGUGUCUCUGCUUCCUGGUGGUUUUUUUGCUGACCUUCUUUGCCCUCACUGGGGUUGGGUUGGCAAUGUUUCAAAUCCUCCAUCUGCAGCAGGAACUCGAGUCAAUGAAAGAGCUUUCCAGCUCUGGACAUGUGCCUCAAUCGCCUGAGAUGCUCAAAGGACUUCGGAAUGGAACAGCAGAAAAGAAAGUCAAGAGGAGAGCACAUUUAACAGGCAAAGCAAACCAGAAGUCUCUUCCACUGGAAUGGGAGAGCACCUAUGGACAUGCCUUCCUCUCUGGUGUUUGGUUUGAAAACAAGGGCCUGGUGAUUGAUGAAGCUGGACUCUACUUUGUGUAUUCCAAAGUGUUCUUUCGAGGCCAGACCUGCACCAACCAACCUCUUCAACACAUGAUUUUCAAAAGAAAUCCAACGUAUCCUGACAUUCAAGUGCUGAUGGAAGACAGAAAAAUUAACUACUGCGUGGCAAGACACAUGUGGGGCAGAAGUAGCUACCUGGGUGCCAUAUUCAACCUUUCCAGGCAAGACAGUCUGUACGUGAGUGUCUCUGAAGUCACACUGGUGAAUUUUGAAGAGUCAAAAACCUUCUUUGGCUUGUAUAUGCUUUAGAAAGAACAACAAUCUAGCACAAUCAUACAGACUGUUGGGAAUCCUGAGCAACACAAGCCACUACGUGGGACAACCUGGUCUACAAAGAUGGGCUAUAAUGAUUGUUUCUGUAGGAAGCCCAUCAGAUACCCAUGACUUGAGUUCUGACAAUGAAAUAAUCAAAAAAGGCCUGAAAUGAAUCUUCAUUUUAAAUUCAACACCAACCUUUCCUUUGCUUAGCCACACGUCUUACUCUGCAGGGGGAUCCAGGAAAACUUUGGCUGCAGACAAAGUAGGCAUUUGUGUCAUAAGAAACUAUUCAUAACUACCCCAGAAGAUACAAAAACAGAAAAGCUGAAUUUUGACCCAUUCAUGGAGACUGUUUUGGGUUGUAUGGCAACUGAGAUGGGAUGUAAAGGAAAGAAAAGGAAAUUGCUAGAUUCUAUCUAGCAUACUUCAUGUCUUCAUUUAUGUCUUUAUGUAUUUAUACACCAGUCUUGACAUUAAAUUUCUAAAAAGAAAA